CGACAACACCAGAUCCCCCCACACCAUGUCCACCCACCCCGAAGUUCUCUGGGCCCAGCGCUCCUCCACAACAGAGGCAGAAAAGAACGUCGUCUUCCUCACCGUCAACCUCCCAGACAUCAACGACAAGUCCGUCGAGUACACCCUCACUCCCACCAGCAUCUCCUUCAAGGCCGAUGCCGGAACCACCGAGAAGCGAUCAUACGCCUUCUCGCUAGACCUCUUCGCCGAAGUCGUCCCCGAGGAAUCAAAACGCUCCCUCUCCUCCCGCUCCUUCGUCGUCGUCCUCCGCAAAAAGGAGCACACGGCCGAGUACUGGCCCCGCCUCACAAAGGAAAAGCUCAAGCUCCCCUUCAUCAAGACCGACUUUUCCAAGUGGGUCGACGAGGACGAGCAGGACGACGCCGAGCCCGAUGAGGACCUCGGCGGCAUGGGUGGCGGCAUGGGCGACAUGGGCGGUAUGGGCGGUAUGCCCGGCAUGGGAGGCAUGGGUGGCAUGCCUGGUAUGGGCGGUAUGGGCGGUAUGCCCGGCAUGGGUGGCCUGGACAUGCAGCAGAUGAUGGCAAACCUCGGUGCCGGCGGUGCCGGCUUGGGAGACCUAGGCUCUGAGGGCGCUGAAGCCGAUGGUGACGAAAUCGACGAUGGCGACGACGACGACGAAGGCCCCCCGCCCCUCGAGGACGCUGAGCCCGCAAAAUAAACGAAAGUGACGCAGACGCAUGGCAGCCUCUUUGCAUUGUAGAUUACGAAAGAAGCAUUCUUAUCACGCAUCGGACUGUCAAAUUCACUCCAUGCCACAUUCGCCUUUGCA